GGAAGCUCAUCCUCAACAUGUCUCCCAAGUACAUCAUCAUUGCCGCACUUGUGGCCGUGGCACUUGCCCGCCCUGAUCAGCCCCCAGCCUAUGGCUAUGCAGCCCCUACACCUGCUCCUGCACCUGCCAAGUACGACUUCAACUAUGCCGUCAAGGACGAAUACUCCGGUAAUGACUUCGGCCACCAGGAGGCUCGCGACGGUUAUGACACACAAGGAUCUUACUAUGUUCAGCUUCCUGACGGUCGUCUACAGAAGGUCACCUAUACUGUCAACGGCGACUCUGGCUUCGUGGCCGAGGUCAGCUACGAGGGUGAGGCCCAAUACCCUGCCGAACAGCCUGCUUACAAGCCCGCCCCUUCAUAUGCUUAAAUGUAAGGCCUAAUAUGGUUGCAAAUGAUAUUUAUGAAUACUACCUUCUUUGUAUAAAAUUUGUAAAUAAAUCUUACAAAUAAUA